UGGGCGAUGGAUGCAUGAGGGUUACAAGUACUUGGUGGAUUAGCGAAUGGACGUUGCAUCUGACUCGUCUUCAUCUGCAAUAAGGUGACCGCUACAAGAUGUGCUCUCGUCAUUUGUUUUGGACGAUCUGCAUGGGCUGGCCUUAUAAAUAGGCAGACAUACAGCCCGAGCACUAGCAUUAUUUCUCCGGAUCCACGUUCUUGUCAACUCUUCACAAACACUGCCGUUGUCCUACUGCAAAAAAGAUGAGGUCUACCUCGCCGCACAUGCUCCCAGUGGGAGAGCCCAACCCACCCAACGAGAAGCAUUCUGUAAGCGUAUCCCUGCCGACAUGGGAGUCCGUCGCUGCUUGGGGCCGCCGAGAGCAAUGGCUGUUGGACUCAAUGCAUACCUGCUAUCCACGGUUUGGCAUGCAUCCAUCGGUACGCAAAUUGAUGGAUGCCGUAUGUGCUCGACUGGGCACCCCCACGGAUUUGAGCUGUCUGAUCUUUCCCUCGGCCGAUGCCGCCGCCAGGUGUACAGCCCGACUAUCAGCUGAACACCCCGACGAAGCGUGUCACACCGUCAAAUUCCAAUCACACCAGCCAGCAGAUGAAGAAGCUCUACGAUGGGCCACGUUCUUUGUCGUCCUGUUUCCACAGGCAUGUGUCUCCACUGCUAUGCAUUUCUGGAAAGUGUUUGGGGAUGGAAUCGCGGGUCGUCAUGCGGAGCAUUGCCUUGCGGCGCUUCCCUCCAUGAAUUCUUACUCAAAGAACACUAAUUUUGAAGCCUCAGCCGCAUGCCGAGAUCAUUUCACAUGGGAUCUGCAAUGGGUCAACUCGGCUGCGGCCGAAAAGGAAUCUAUCCGGAACUUGAUUGCACGUUUGGUCAGUUCCGACCAGCCGGGCUAUCGCCCUGUCAGCAGUCACGAUGUCUUUCUCUACCCUAAAGGAAUGUGUGCCAUUGCAGCAGUGGCCAGGGCCUUGGUACCUCAAUCUGCGGAGCUCUCUGAAGCGGUAAUCUAUGGAUGGCCAUACGCCGAAACUCCGCUCUGUGUUAAAGAAAGUGAUUACAAACGAUCUACUCUACUCAGCGCUGGAAGCAAACAAGAACUCGAUGAGCUGGAAUCCUCCCUUGCGGCCGGUCGUCGCAUCCAAGCCCUGUUCUGCGAGGUUCCCUCCAAUCCACAACUGCGAACCCCCGAUCUGCCGCGAAUUCAUGCCCUGGCUGCACAAUAUAAUUUCAUUGUAGCGGUCGACGACACACUCGGUACUUUCGUCAACAUCGAUGUUUUACCCUAUGUCGAUGUGAUUAUGACCAGCUUAACGAAGAUCUUUAGCGGCAUGUGUAAUGUGAUGGGGGGAAGCGUCGUUGUAAAUCCGCAGUCGUCGCACUAUACCACGAUUCACUCAGCUCUCACAGCCCUGUACGAAGAUACGUAUUUCCCUCUCGAAGCCAUGAUUAUGGCCCAGAAUGCCUCCGACUUUGAAGAGCGAGUCAAGCAAUGCAGUGCCAAUGCCCACACAAUCGCCAAUUUACUCGCGAAACAUUCUUCGGUGGCUCAAUUGUAUUAUCCUACGUUAGUACCCUCACGGCAAUUCUACGAUCAGGUGCGGCGCAAGGAUGGUGGCUACGGGUAUUUGCUUAGCAUUGUUUUCCAUAAACCCGAGACUGCUAUGCGCUUCUAUGACCUGCUGGACAUCUGUAAAGGACCUAGCGUCGGAACCAACUUCUCUCUAGCGAUUCCAUACAGCUUGCUGGCGCACUUUCGGGAGCAGGACUGGGCAGAAUCCGAGGGUGGAAUAGACAGGCAUAUGGUCAGAAUCAGUGUUGGGUUAGAGAGAGAAGAGGAUCUAAUUGCGAGGGUCCAGGAUGCGUUGACAGCAGCUACGGCAGAUUACUGAAGUCGUAGGGUUACUCUUGGAAUGGGUACAUCGGAAACCUGGGAGACCAGGCUUGAUUCAACAAUAGCAUCUCCGUGGUUAGUAGUUACUCUGAUCAGAUUGCAUAGCAGGAAAUAGGAGUCUUCCAUGUUUUUGGUUGAGAAAAUGAGCAUAGAUUUCCUAGUAUUCGUAGACGAAACUUGUAGGUCGCAUCCUCUGC